AUGGCAUCUGUUCCGUCAGCCUCUGUCUUCUCAUUGCCAAUUCCAUCAUGGCAGCAACCCCAGAGUGCGCGCGUUGCCCGGUGUGAAUCAAGGAAGCGUAAAAAGGACUAUGAUGACUGGGGCAAUGAAGAUGACGUGAUUGAAGGUGAAACAACUGAUGCUGGGUCAGAAUUUGCACCUUCUGCACCAUCAGUAAUCUUGUCGCCGGAAGAGGCCCACCAAUAUCGCAUCGCCGGCCUCUCUUUUGACAAAGAGCUACCAGGCGGUCAAUUUCCACACGCUCCUGUCAAACACGAGGCUGCUAGCAGCCAAAGGAAGAAUGAUAUUCUUAAAGGACUAUCAUCGUUGACGCCUCCGAUAUACCCACCACAGUCUGCGGCUUACCAAGGUAAUGCUCGACUGCAGCAUCUCGCUGUCCUCUCCGCUAUCUUGCAUCGUUGUCUUCUUAAUGGCGACUACAUACGUGCUGGGAGAGCGUGGGGAUUAAUCCUUCGUGAGGAGUUCCAUGGAACACCAAUCGAUGUGCGUACUGAUAAUAGAUGGGGUAUUGGUGCUGAAAUAUUGCUCCGCCGAGGCCGUCAGCUUUCUGACACCGCAUCGGAGGAAGCCGGAGAUGAACCAAAAACGGAGUCCUCCAAGCUUUGUUUUACGAGAAAAGGGUUCGAAGAUGCCAAAGAAUACUAUGAGAGACUCAUCAUCCAAUACCCAUUCCGGAAGGUUGCCCCGGAUUUUACUAGUUCAUUACACUUUUAUCCAGCAAUGUUUGGGCUUUGGGUUUAUGUUGCGCAGGAGGAGAGCAAGGCGGCACGGCAAGAUAUCUGGAAUCGUCGUGAAGCUGCGUCCAGGGAAGGCUCGGAGGAUGAGGAUGCAGCAUUCAAUUCAGAAAGUCACGAUGACUCGAGACAGAAAACACAGACUCUCGUUGCAGAAGUAAGGGCUACCGAGCUAGGUGAAGCACAGAAAAUUGCGGCAAGAAUGGAUGAAGUUCUUGUUUCUCCACCUUAUUCGGAUUCUCCCGAGUUACUAGAACUCAGAGGCAUGAUUUCCCUCUGGAUUGGUGACCUGUUCGUGUCCUGCUUGACCCAACAAGAGAAAUAUAUCGACGAAAUCGAUGACAGUGGCCUAGACCCUGCGGAAGUGUUUCAAGGCUCGAUCCAAACAAGGCGAGAGCAAAGACUUGCAGCCGAGAAGAAACAAGCCGAGGUUGACAAGGCUAAAGAAUUUGGAAAAGCGAAACAGCGUAGCAAAGGGAUGGCUUCCACGCUUGCGAAUCUACACAUUGGCGACAAUGUUCGCUCGACGGAUCCUGAUCAUUAG